AUGUCGCAUCACCACGACCACCACCAUGGCCACGAUGAAGAGCACGCCGAGGCCCAUGACCACGUCCAUGAACACGACGACGACAUCGUUCCCGCGCUCCAGAACCUACUUUAUCAGCAGAUCGACUUCAGCCGGCUGCGCACGCUGAACGAGGAUGAAUCGGACCAGGGCCGCAGCAUCUGCCAGAAGACGUGGGCGCAGCGGUUGGAUCCCGAGCCUGAGCUGAAAAGCUUCGCUGAUGAGCAGAUUCUCAUGAUAGUGCCAUUCACGGGCCAGGUCCGCCUUCACAGCAUCCUAAUCCGCACCUCCACCACGCCCGCCUCCCCAAAAACCCUUAAAGUCUUCAUCAACGACGACGCCCUCGACUUCAGCACUGCUUCCGACAAGCCGCCAACACAGACACUCGAGAUCUCGCAGACGGCCGAAAUCCAAGAGAUUCCCGUUAAGCGGGCGCUCUUCAACACAACGCGGUCGCUCGCGCUGUUCUUCGAGGACAAUUGGAGUGAUGGCGAAGAAGACGAGACUAGGAUCAGCUAUCUGGGCUUCAAAGGAGAUUUCAUGAAGUUGAACAAAGAGCCAGUCAAUUUUAUGGUGGAGCUGGCGGCGAACCCGAGUGAUCAUAAAACUAUUGCUGGGGUAAAGGAAGGGCUAGGAAGGACAAUUCAGUAG